UUGUGGUAGGAACGUCUGCUACUUUAGUGUGAGAGUUGAGCUUUUAAAGUCUUCGGUCUAAAAACACAUUUUGAGCUGUUGACAUUUUGAUUUCGAUCUGCAGUAGUCAUGGCCAAGUCCGGUGAAGCUAGGCAGAGAAAAGGUGUCAGCAAAAAUGGCUCGAAAUCGACGAAAGGCGCUUCGAAAGAAGAUAAGAACCGGAACAUCAAAAGCAGCAAAUCGGCCAACCCUUCCUCAUCAGGGAUCUUGCUGAAGCUUGUUUUAUUCGUUCUCGUCGCAGCCGCAGCUCUAGCGGCAGCCAUUGCUUUGGGUGCUAUCAAAAUAGAACAACUUCCUGGAGGUGAGAAAUUGGCUUUGCUGAAAAAGAAUGUGGAAUCCCCUGCUCCACCACCUGAGGUACAAACGGAAGAACCCAAAGAAGAUGUCGCAGCAGAGGUAGAGACACAACCUGAAGAACUGGCCGAAGAGGCCAUUGAGCCUGUUGGGCAAGUUGAAGAGCCAGUUGAAGAAGUCGAGGAAGAACCGAUUGAAGAGGUCAUAGAGGAGGCAAAGGAAGAACCCAUUCAAGAGGUCAAGGAAGAAGCUGUAGAAGAGGUCAAGGAAGAAGCUGUAGAAGAGGUCAAGGAAGAAGCUGUAGAAGAGGUUAAGGAAGAGGCUGUAGAAGAGGUCAAGGAAGAGGUCAAGGAAGAAGCUGUAGAAGAGGUCAUUGAAGAAGCUGAAGAAGAGGUCAAGGAAGAAGCUGUUGAAGAGGUCAAGGAAGAAGCCAUUGAGGAAGCUGUAGAAGAGGUCAAGGAAGAAGCUGUAGAAGAGGUCAAAGAAGAAGCCAUUGAGGAAGCUGUAGAAGAGGUCAAGGAAGAAGCUGUAGAAGAGGUCAAGGAAGAAGCUGUAGAAGAGGUCAAGAAGGAAGUUUUAGAAGAGGUCAAGGAAGAAGUUGUAGCAGAGGUAAAGGAAGAAGCCAUUGAUGAAGCUGUAGAAGAGGUCAAGGAAGAAGCCAUUGCGGAAGCUGUAGAAGAGGUCAAGGAGGAAGUUGUUGAAGAGGUCAAGGAGGAAGCUGUAGAAGAGGUCAAGGAAGAAGCUGUAGAAGAGGUCAAGGAAGAAGCUGUAGAAGUGGUCAAGGAAGAAGCUGUAGAAGAGGUCAAGGAAGAAGCUGUAGAAGAGGUCAAGGAAGAAGCUGCAGUAGAGGUAAUUGAAGAAGCUGUAGAAGAGGUCACGGAAGAAGCUGUAGAAGAGGUCAAGGAAGAAGCUGUAGAAGAGGUCACGGAAGAAGCUGUAGAAGAGGUCAAGGAAGAAGCUGUAGAAGAGGUCAAGGAGGAAGCUGUAGAAGAGUUCAAGGAAGAAGUUGUUGAAGAGGUCAAGGAAGAACCUAUAGAAGAGGUCAAGGAAGAACCUGUAGAAGAGGUCAAGGAGGAAGCUGUAGAAGAGGUCAAGGAAGAAGUUGUUGAAGAGGUCAAGGAAGAAGUUGUUGAAGAGCUCAAAGAAGAACCUGUAGAAGAGGUCAAGGAAGAAGUUGUUGAAGAGGUCAAGGAGGAAGCUGUAGAAGAGGUCAAGGAAGAAGCUGUUAAAGAGGUCAAGGAUGAAGCUGUAGAAGAGGUCAAGGAAGAACCUGUAGAAGAGGUCGAGGAAGAAGCUGUAGAAGAGGUCAAGGAAGAAGUUGUUGAAGAGGUCAAGGAAGAACCUAUAGAAGAGGUCAAGGAAGAAGUUGUUGAAGAGGUCAAAGAAGAACCUAUUGAAGAGGUCAAGCAGGAAGCUGUUGAAGAGGUCAAGGAAGAAAAUGUAGAAGAGGUCAAGGAGGAAGCUGUAGAGGAGGUAAAGGAAGAAGUUGUUGAAGAGGUAAAGGAAGAAAUUGUUAAAGAGGUCAAGGAAGAAGCCAUUGAUGAAGCGAUCAAGGAAGAAGCUGUAGAAGAGGUCAAGGGAGAAGCUGUAGAGGAGGUCAAGGAGGAAGCCAUAGAAGAGGUCAAGGAAGAAGCCGUAGAAGGGGUCAAGGAAGAGGCCAUUGAAGAGGUCAAGGAAGAAGCUGUAGAAGAGGCCAAUGAAGAAGCUGUAGAAGAGGUCAAGGAAGAAGCUGUAGAAGAGGUCAAGGAAGAAACUGUAGAAGAGGUCAAGGAAGAAGCUGUCGAAGUGGUCAAGGAAGAAGCUGUAGAAGAGGUCAAGGAAGAAGCUGUUGAAGAGGUCAAGGAAGAACUAAUUGAAGAGGCCACAGAAGCAGAGGCAAAGAAGCCCUUUAGUCUUGAUGAUCUGAUUACAGAUGCUGACCGUGAAAUCCUCGAAGACCUUGCAGAAGGAGAAGCUUUACUAGAGCAGAAAGAAAACCAGAAAGCUCUACGGAAGUUUGAGUCUCUUCUUGUGAACCAUUCAGACAGCCCUAGAGUUCGCUAUGGGAGAGCGAGGUCACUGGAUAUGCUCUCAGAAGUACGCCGUAGUAACGACAUCCUUAAUGCCGCCAUAGUGGCAUAUGGAGAGGUGACAAGUGCCAAGGAUUGCCCAGAUGUUCUGAAAAGGCUUGCUCUGUCUCGCCAAGCUAACAGACUCACCUUCAUGGGUAAAGCAAUUCAAGCAGCUAGAGUCUUGAGAGAAGGCACAAUCCUCUUCCCUAUGGAUGUCCAGAUGAAGAAGGAGCUGGGUGUUGCACUUCUUAUUGCAGGGAGAAACACACAGGCAAAACCAAUCUUCCAAGAGGUUUUGAAGUUGGCACCCUCUGAUGGUUUUGCAAAGGUCCAUGUUGGCUUCAUACUCAAGGCAGAAAACAACUUCAAGGAGGCUAUUCCAUUGUUGACAGAGGGUAUAGCAUCAGGAGAGCAGGGUACAAAUGAGGGGAAAUAUUACGUCCAUCUGGGAGAUGCUUUGUUCAGAGAAGGACAAAUUGAAGAGGCUUACAAGGUGUUUGAUGCUGGUGUUGAGAAAGGUCAUUUUACAUCUCGUUAUCAACGCUCAAUCUACAAUGUUGACGCUAUCACUGCUCAGCCAUGGUGGACUAAUCAAGAAGCACAGUAUGUUGAUGCUGCUAAGAAACUUGAAGAUAACUGGGAGGCCAUUAGAGAUGAGGGGCUGAAUGUUCUCGACAAGGAGACAGCAUCGUUCCUUCCAGAGGAUGAAAACUUAAGGAACACAGGAGAAUGGAAUAUAUUUUUACUGUAUCGGCAAGGUAAAAAGGUUGAUGAGAACUGUGAGAAGACCCCAAAAACAUGUGCAAUAAUUGAUAGCAUUACACAAUCUAGUGGAUGUAAAAGAGGACAGGUGAAGUUUUCCGUGAUGAAGCCUGGAACUCACGUAUGGCCUCAUUGUGGUCCAACUAACUGUCGCUUACGUGGCCAUCUUGGAUUGGUCGUACCUGACAGUGCUAAGAUAAGAGUGGCUCAAGAGACGAGGACGUGGGAGGAGGGGAAGCUGAUGAUUUUCGAUGACUCCUUUGAGCAUGAAGUCUGGCAAGAUAGUGAAUCCAUACGUCUUAUCCUCAUUGUGGAUAUGUGGCAUCCAGACCUUACUGAGUCCCAACGUCAGACUCUAACAGCAAUCUAGAUUUUCACCCAGGAGUAGAGAGUCCAAUUCUUGUUCUUGUAAGUCACUUGUACGUUUGUUGAGUGGUUUUUUGGAUCGUCGCUGAAGUGGUCACCGUUUUGAGUAAACCUGCAAGUGUGAUUAAAAUUUUUGGGAGUCUUAAUAUCAACGCACCCCUAUUUUGGCGUUUUAAGGGCUUUUAUGUAUUCAUGUUGCUUUGACGAUUGGGCCGAUCGACUUUUGGUUUAGGGGUUGAGGUUUCUUGAAUUAAGGAAACUUGGGUAUGAUCCCAGGAUUUCAAAAAGAGUUGAGACUAGUCUGAUCUCGAGCUAGGACAAUAACUCCUCCUAACUUAGGACUAGCCUCAAGUUUUUAAUAUCUCCUAGGACUAGUUCUAACUUGGGACUAGUCCUAAGUUCUUUGUGAAAUCGACCCCUGGUUAUACGGAAGUUAAAGGUUGUAUGGCUUCUGACUGGCGCCCCUGAUAGCUCAGUUGUCAAUUCAGAGGUCACAGGUCCAAAAACCAUUCACGUUAUUUUUUUCUUUGUCCCCUAAAAGCCCUUUUACACUACCUCUUAUCUCCGUUGAAUAAGCACUAGGGAGGCCCUGGAAGUUUUUACCCCAUAGUUACCCCAGCGCACUUUCACACUUUCCUCGCCUACUGGUUUUCUUGGCUGCACGCUCUAAGUAUACCCUAGGGUUUUUACUGCUUACCCCUACUCCAGAGCAGGGAUGGUUAUUCCCCGGGUAUGCCGGGGUAGAUCAGGGGUAAAAUGAUCCCAGUGUGAAAGGGGUGGCUGUUGCCCCCGGGGAAUAGAGUAAUGUGAACUAAAUUUUCCCAGUCAGUUUCCCUUGUAGUUUAUUACAAUUUUAUUUAAACAGUCUACUUAGAAGUGUGUCCAGUACAUUCUUGGUAGUAUGGGAUACCCCUUACUUUUUAUAAUAACUGUAGAUCUGGCCCCAGGUUUAGAGUUCCUAGCGAAUUGUACACUUUGUGACAAUUUUUUUUUUUUCCAAAGAUGUAAACAAAUUGCAUUCAUAAGGACAAGCUUUUCUUAGCCGAAGUGCUUCCCGCAAUUGUACAGAAUCUAUUGUAAAAAUAAAUUCUUGUUGCCUUUUUUUUUUGUCAUGUGUGCUAGUAGUAUGUUUAGUGUAGAUUUUGGGCAUCAACACUAUGCCUUUAUUUAACAUACCAUCAUAUAGAAAGAUAUAUUUUCAUCCUCGUUUAAAGUAGUUAGACGUUCCCAAAAAAAACAAUGUUAUAUUUCAUUUUUUUGAUAGCUUUGUAAACAGUGCCUUUGUAAUUGUUUUACAAAUUUGUUUGUUGUUAAGAGAUACUUUUUAACCAGUUUGCUUUGGAGGACAUAAAAACUAGAUUUUGGUCUAGGGCUUUAUCAGAGACCUGGGGCAAAUUUCAUAUAGCCUUUAAACGUGCUAAGCAAAGAAAAAUAUUGCUAACCAGAAUUUGGUUACCAGCUAAAAUUUGAUUAAGCUUACAUUUUUGUGACUGGUGCCCCACUCAUUUGUUGCUUAGCAUGGCAAUCUGCUAAGCCGUAUUUUCUGUCCAAUGGCACCUUGUUGUUUUUAAAUACCAGACAAUGUUUUGUCGAGACGGAUUAUACUGUGUUGUCAUGAGGCUUUUCAUUUUUUCUUUGGGAUUUUGUCAAUAAAAAAAGUUAGUUUUUUUUAGUGAAAAUAUUCGGAAAAGAAAAAUGGGUUAAGGAAAAAGGAUUUUUACCCCCAAAGCGAACUGGUUAAACUAAUUGGUCUCACUAUGGAUUGUUAUGUAUCCUAAAAGGGCGAUUGAACACAGUCUGUAAGAGCAGGGCAAACAAAAAGGUAAACAUUCAAUUGUUUUUUAUACACAGCUUAUAUUUACAGGUAAACAAAAAGGUAAACAUUCAAUUGUUUUUUAUACACAGCUUAUAUUUACAGGGUUGGACAUCAUGAUAAAAUAUCAAAAUUUGAGGAAGUCUUUUUCAACUUCUCUUACACAAACAAUUAUUAUGUACAAAAGGCCUGGAUUUGUAUGUUGGCCACGGUUUAUAUUCACAGCUUAUAUUUACAGGGUUAGACAUGAUAAGUCACAAAACAUUUGUUACUUAAGUUUUCCUAACAGGGUUGACAGAGUCUUUUUUUACAGUUACAGUCUGGUGCCUGGUCAGAUAUGUGCAGUGGGAAAUACCCACCACCAAAAUGUUACCAGUCUUUUUCAGAUAUGAGCUUUAGGCUUUUUUUUUUGCUUAGCAGAAAGGUGUUCAUUAUAAUGUUCUGCUUAAGCAAAUCUAUGAAAUUAGGCGCUGGUUUGUAUUGUUUUCCACUCACCCUAUAUUCUAAAAAUCCUUCCCUCGGUUUUGACCGAUUUUUAUAGGCUUUUUGUAAUGCAGCAAAACAAGAGAACAAGCUAAACUUUGUUACAGUCCAAACAUUUUGGUGUUGACAAGUGUGUGAAAA